AUGUUCUAUAGAACACAGAAAAUAAUUAUAUUCUCUUUUUUUAAAUUUUUUGUAUUCACCCUUUUAAUUUGGAUAUUACAAUGUUCAAUUAAUAGUAAUUCUAGUAGAUUUUUAAAUGAUAUAUGCAAUUUAGAAAGAUCAAAAUAUUUAGAAGUCAAAAGAAUCUUAUCAGAACAUAGGAAACUAUUUGGAGGAAGUAAUAGUGGAUCAAAAGUGCAUCUGCUUGAUGACACAGAUGAUACAGAAACAGCAGAUGUAGAAGAUCAACAACAGGAGCGACAAGAACAAGCAAGAGAGCACAAUCCAGUAUGUGAAGUACGCGUACAUGUAGAUGAACAGAAUGAACAGAUAAAUAAUUUUAUUGAUACAAAUAGGGAAAGAAAUACAGAAUGCUUUCUGGCAGUACCUGUACAAAUAGAUAAUAGAAAUACAAUACGUCGCAUGUGUAACCCUACUUUUUGUAUUUUGGGAUUGGCUUUCACUCUUUUAACUUCUGUUUUAUUACCUUCAUUAUAUGUUCUUCAUAGACUGAAAAUAAUUACUGGCAUAACCGAUAAUGAUUUAAUUACGAUAAUUUUAAUGAUGAUUUCUAUCAUGCUUACAGUUGUUAUGUACUUACUCUCAUCUGUAUUUGAUGCUUUACAUCCUAGAAUUAAGUAA